AUGCCAAAAAGAGACAAGGCGACAGGAGAAAAUGAGAUGGACAACGAAGCAAUGAAUGAUAGAGUUAGUACUAAUGAAAGAAUUUCAUUGCCAUCGACUUCAACUUGUCAAGAUAAAUAUUUUGAAAGCGGCUUGCAUGAUGGAUCAUUAGAUAGCGACGCAGCUUUAAUAGUAACAAAACUCGAGAUAACAGAGGAAGAGGAAAUGGUUGCAAUUUCGAAUCUGGAUUUGAGUUCUAUAAGUACAAAGAUUUCUCGAGACCCUUUAAAGUGGCCACUUGAAAUAAACGAUGAUAUAAGCGCUUUAACUUCGGGUGGUUGCAAUGAUUGGAAUCAUAUCGGUGAAAGACUCAGCUCACACGAAAAGAGCAAAGCACAUUUAAGUGCCCAUAAACAGUGGACUGAAUUAGCAUUGAGAUUGACGACAAACAAGACAAUCGAUGCUAAUCAUCAACGAAUGUUGGAUGAUGAAGCACGACAUUGGCAAAAUGUGUUAGAGCGGCUUCUAGCAAUCAUACAUUUUUUGGCACAACAAUUUGAGCUAAUUUCAAAGUUUGAUACUGUUAUAUCCGAGCACCUUUUAAGAAUUAAAGAUGGUCGCACGCAACAGCAUUAUCUCGGCAAAGAUAUUCAAACUGAAAGUAUACAUUUACUGGCGAAUAAAAUCAAGCAGACAAUAUUGAAUAUUGUAAAAAAUGCCAAAUAUUAUAGUAUUAUUGUUGAUUGUACUUCAGAUUUCAGCCACAUAGAGCAAAUGACUAUUAUAAUACGUUGCGUGAAUAUUACAAAAAGUCCUGUGGAAGUUCGAGAAAAUUUUCUUGGGUAUUUACCAGUAACUAGCACUACAGGUGCAGCGCUUACUGAAGUCAUCCUAGACGAACUAAAAAAAAAUGGCUUGACUAUUGAUAAUUUAAGGGGGCAAGGAUACGACAACGGCUCGAAUAUGAAAGGAAAGCAUGCUGGAGUUCAGCAACGCAUCAGUGAAAUAAAUCCUCUUGCAUUUUUCGUCCCAUCAUCACCAUUGAGGUGGGAUGUUUUAAAAAAGUAUACACCUUCUUUAACAGUGAAACCCUUGAGUACGACAAGAUGGGAAAGUCGAAUUGAUGCGAUUCGUCCAAUAAGAUACCAAAUAGGUGAGAUAUAUGAUGCCUUACUGGAUAUUUCAAGCAAUGACUCUUUUGAUGCAAUGUACUUGGAAUCGUAUAGAAGUGACGACGGGUUUGCAAGUACUAUAAGUGAUGCUAAAGAACUUGCAGAAAUACUAGGCGUUGAAUCAGAUUUCAAAAGUGCUCAUAACGUUCGACCACGGCGGCAGAAAAGACAAUUUGAUUAUGAGUCAGAAGAUCAAGCAGUACAGGAUCCUAAAACAAGACUCAAAACUCACAAUUCACACUUCUCUUUUCUGUACGACAUAAGUGCGUUGAAACAUAUGCUACUAACUGUUUUACUGGAUAAUUGCACAAAAUUGGAAACUUUUUCAACUGACCAAGAUCUAAAGGAUAUUGACGCUCAACAACUCUUAAACGAACUACAAGUUUUAUCACAUUCAGUUGAUGAAACAGUAUCACUGACACCGUUGAAUGUGUAA